AUGACAUUUUCGAUUUUAGAGUCAAUCAUGGUCGUUUUCACUACCAUAUUUGCGUAUAUUAACCGCUGGAAUCCCAACCGUUCCGUCGCCCAGGCGACACAGAACCCGUACCCCUUUGGAACAAGAGAGUGGAGGGCGUUCGCGGACGCCCAAACCACCGAACACGAGCUUAUGGUCAUGAGGAUCGCAGACCUCGAGGCUCAGGUACAGCAGACAACAGAGCUGGCGGGCUCGCUUGAAGCGCUGGCAGCUUCCCAGGCCACACUCAUUCACGACCUCCGGCGGCAAAAUAAGGCCCUGGAGGAAGGUCCAGACCCCGAGGUUUUACAGAGGAUAUUCGACAGAAUACACACGCCUCUUAAAAAUCUCUCACAGCCCGAGCCCGAGCCACAGCCUGCAGACCCAGCGGCCGCGGGGCAUGACAACACUGCGGUGGCCCCAGCUGCUGCAUCUGCUGCGACCCCCGGUCCCGGCCGGGGCCCAUCUCAGGGAAUGGUGACCGGCCACAAGAUGGCGGCUCGCACCCGACCUAUGACCCUUGCUGAGGAGCUGGAAGGCCAUCUUGGAGAUGAUUCUGAAGACGAUUCAGAAGUGGACGAUGCAUGA